CAAAGGCGCUAAUAUUUAGGCGUGCCAAACAAGCCCUAAUUUCUAGAGAAUUCUCUGGCCUUUACUGCCCCGCGAGGCGUGGCAAUUUUAGUUUUCCUCUUCUCCAAGGAACUAGGGAACUCCUUUCUCCAAAAUAAUAAUAAUUAUCAUUUUGAUUUUUACUCCUUCAUCACUGCUGAAUCAAAGCUCAGAUCAACAGGUUGAUCCAUAGGUUGAGAGAGAAAAUGGUGGAUGAAUUGAAGCAAGGAGAAAAUUCAUGGAUAGACACUGCCGAGCAGUCGGAUAGAGUAUUGAAUGUUGAUAAUAAUGUUUCCUUGAUGUCUCAAUCAGUAGUUAUCACUGAUGGGGUAGAACCCAUACAUCCUCAGCAGCCUCCACCUCAGGGUACCAACUCCUCCUCGGAUAUCCGAUUGGGAUUUCCUGAACGAGCGGUCUCAGCAGCUGGUGCAGCAUUUCUCUCUGCAGUCCUUGUUAAUCCACUUGAUGUUGUCAAGACCAGAUUGCAAGCACAGGCAGCUGGAGUUGCUUAUUCACAUCCAAUGAGUAACAUGACUAGCCGCAUGGCAGUUUUUGGGCCAAAUAUGAUGUUUGCAGACCUGAGGUGUUCACCUUCAUGUACCCGAGCUGGUGUUCAUGGUACAGUAUCAAUCUGCCCACCUGAUUGUUUCCAGUACAAAGGAGCACUUGAUGUCUUCUACAAAAUUAUUCGGCAGGAGGGUAUUUCUAAGCUAUGGAGAGGUACAAAUGCUGGUCUAGCUCUGGCUGUACCAACAGUCGGGAUUUACUUGCCUUGCUAUGACAUUUUUCGCAACAAGUUAGAGGAGUUCACAGCUCAACAUGCCCCAAGCUUGACACCAUAUGCCCCUUUAUUAGCUGGUUCUCUGGCACGGUCUUUAGCUUGCACAAGUUGCUAUCCUAUUGAACUUGCCAGAACACGAAUGCAGGCAUUUAAGGAUAUGAACAAGAAGCCUGCUGGAGUCUGGAAGACUUUGUUUGAGGUUAUUGCCAAUGUCAGGAGCACAACUAGUACCAAUUUUGGCUUACAAAGUUAUCGUGUACUUUGGUCUGGACUUGGGGCACAGCUUGCUCGCGACGUUCCUUUUUCUGCAAUUUGUUGGUCAACUCUUGAACCAGUAAGAAGGCGGCUCCUUAGUCCGCUGGGAGAUGAAGCUAAUGCCGUAGGUGUCCUAGGUGCAAACUUUUCUGCUGGUUUUGUUGCAGGAAGCAUUGCUGCUGCUGCAACAUGUCCCCUUGAUGUUGCUAAGACUAGAAGACAGAUUGAGAUGGACCCUGCCAGGGCGUUGACAAUGACGACAAGGCAAACUCUACUUGAGAUUUGGAGGGAUGGAGGGCUCAAGGGACUGUUUACUGGAGUAGGUCCUCGUGUUGGUCGUGCUGGCCCUUCAGUUGGAAUUGUGGUUUCGUUUUAUGAAGUUGUCAAAUAUAUGUUACACCAACAAUAUGCUUCUUCAUAGGAGGGAGCAUAGUCAGGUAAAUUAGGCUUCUUCUUUCCAACAUCUUGGAUCGGGCAAUGGUCGCUGAAAUAGCUGAUUCGGGCCAUGAUUCUGACGCUGUAGCUCUAAUGUGGAUAUGGUAGCACACUAAGGAGCAGUUUUGACCAUGGUAGAUUUACCUACACAGAUUAGCUUGUAGAAAAUAAUCCCACUCUUCUUUGCUUUCCAGCCAAUUUUGGUUGGUUUUUCGGCGUAAUUGUCUUUGGACUAAGAAGAGAUUUUGAUAUACUUUGGUUGCAUCAAUUACCAGUUUUUCCUGAGAUGUUCUCAGUUCUCAUAAAAAAUGUACAAGUUCUUCAUAUCUUUUACUAUCUGUCUGGGGAUAUCAAAGCUAAAUUAUUGAUGCGGAAGGAUUUUUAUCGAUUUUAUUUUCAUUACCAUAAAA